AUGGGCUCCAUCCCAUUUUGCACCCUCUGUUGCUUUAUUAGCAUAGCAACAGCCAAUAUAUUUGAGUAUCAGACCGAUUCCCAACCGUUGCGUCCAUGUGAACUUCAGAGGGAAGAGGCUUUUUCAGCAGGGGAAGCCUACGUUCCUCAGUGCUCAGAGGAUGGCCAGUUCAGGACAGUCCAGUGCAGUAGGAAUGGUCUUUCCUGUUGGUGUGUAGAUGAGAAUGGUGUUGAGGUUCCUGGCAGCAAACAGAAUGGAUAUCCUGUAUCUUGCUUGUCCUUUUGCCAGCUGCAAAAGCAGAGGAUCUUGGUAAGCCGAUACAUCAACAGCAGCAGCAUCUCCUACAUCCCUCAGUGCCUGGAUUCAGGAGCUUUUGAUGAGGUGCAGUGUGACACGGAGCUGGGGCAGUGCUGGUGUGUAGAUCCAGAAGGAAUGGAGAUUUAUGGCACCAGACAAAGAGGAAAGCCAGCACAGUGUCCAGGGAACUGUGAGAUCCGAGAUCGUCGCAUCCUGCAUGGGUUUGGGGAGAAGAGCCCACCACAGUGCUCAGCAGAUGGGGAGUUUCUGCCUGUCCAGUGCAAGUUUGUCAACACAACAGACAUGAGUGUUUUUGAUCUUGUUCAUAGUUACAACAGGCUCCCAAGGGCUUUCCAAAAAUUUAGCUCGGUGAGGGAAACGUUCCCGGAGAUCUCUGGGUACUGUUACUGUGUGGACAGCCUGGGCAGGGAGCUGGCAGACACAGGCUUGGAACUGCUGCUUGAUGAGGUUUACGACACGGUUUUCUCCGUGCCAGAGCCUGCCCGCACGUUCACGGAGAGCAGCAUCCAUCGGAUCCUGCAGAGGCGAUUCCUGGGGGUCCAGCUGGCUACCUCUGGAAAGUUCAGAUGCCCCUCGAGGUGUGAGGCAGAGCGUUCGGCAGCGCUGCGUUUCCAGCACCCCUUCGUGCCGUCCUGCUCCGCUGAUGGGGGCUACGCGCCCCUGCAGUGCCAGCAGCAGGGACAGUGCUGGUGCGUGGACACCCAGGGACAGGAGAUCCUGGGCACAAGGAGGAGAGGACAGCCCCCAGCCUGUGGUGAGGAGCAAUCGUGCAUCUCCGAGCGGCGCCGGGCCUUGUCGAGGCUCCUUUAUGGCCCUGCUGGGUACUUCAGCCAGUCCAGUUUGUUCUCCACACCAGAUAAGCAGUCAGACAAAAUUGAUGGCUUUUCAAGAGCCUGCCCUCCCUCUUUCAAGGAGCUGUUUCUGGACUCUGGAUUGUCAUCCCCACUUGCACGAAGCCCAUUUGCCAGCCAGACUCCUGAGCUAGAAACCACCCUGAGUGAAGCCAUCACAGGGAUGUUCCCAUCGAGGGAACUGGCUCAGGUGGCACUGCAAUUUACUGCCAAUCCAAAGCGUUUCCAAGAAAACCUCUUUGGAGGAAGGUUCUUGAAGAAUUUGAUCCAGUUUAACUUCACAGGGGUACUUGGCACUAGUGGGAAGUACAGCAUUGGCCAGUUUUUCCCACAGGUGGAUGUGAUGGGUAAUGGCCAAGGCCCUCUGGCAUCAGCUGAGGCAUUUUCACUGGAGGUAUCAAAGGGAAGCUCCAUUUUGAGUAAACCUCUUGUGGGCAGCUUUGGCCGCACAGUAACUCUGCAGGAUAAUCAGAAUCUGAUGAAAUUCCUUUCUUCUGUCCUGGAGCUACCAGAGUUCUUUACUUUUCUUCAACAAGUAAUUUCUGUCCCCAAAAGCGUAGCUGAAGAUUUAGGUGAAGUGGUGAAACUGGCUCUGGGAUCCAAAGGCUGUGGUGAGGAGCCAAAGGACCUGUUUGUUCCAACAUGCACCAAGGAGGGCAGGUAUGAGGAAGUUCAGUGCUAUGCAGGAGAGUGCUGGUGUUUGGACACUUUGGGUAAGGAGGUUCCAGGCUCAAGAAUUCAGGGCAAACGCCCAAGGUGUCCCACUGAGUGUGAGAAGCAAAGGAGAAACCUGAAAAACUUGAAGCAAAGCCUGCCUGCAGGAUCAGAUCUCUUUAUUCCCUCUUGUACUGAGGAUGGAGACUUUCUGCCACUCCAGUGUUAUGGGACAAAUUGCUUCUGCGUCGAUUUGAAUGGCAAGACUAUUCCAGGAAUAAGGGGGAAAGCUGGAAAGCCGAUGCAAUGCCCAAGUGCUUGCCAGGUAACAGCUGCUCAGGAGUUUCUGCGGGCUGUGAAGCUCCUGUUGUCAGAUCCAGGUGCUGAGCCUCAGCUGCCCAGCCUUUACCUGCCCCAGUGUGAUGCUGCAGGUGGCUGGAGGCAGGUGCAGUGCAGCGGCCCCCCUGAGCAAGCCUUCGAGUGGUACGAAAGGUGGAUCACAGAGAACAACGAGGGCAAGCCCCUGCCUGUUCCUGAUCUAUUGAACAUCAUAGCUGGGUAUAAAGAGGCAUCCUCUGGAGACUUUUCAGCUUUUGUUAAAGCUUUGUAUGAAGCUGGGCACCAGAACGUCUUCCCCACAUUCUCCAUGUAUUCCUCCUUCACGGAUCUCCCUCCUCAAGUGCUGGCAGGAAACCUGACCAGUGCAUCUGAGAACAUUUUGCUGGACCCAUAUAUGUUCUGGCAGCUUCUGACUGAGCAGCUGAGCUACUACCCAGGACCCUAUACUGAUUUCAGUGCUCCAUUAGGCCACUUGGAACUUCGUGAUUGUUGGUGUGUUGACAGCAAAGGAGGAGAGCUGGAAGGAACAAAGGCAGGAGUGAACCAGGUUCCAGCAUGCCCUGGUAUAUGUGAAGGUGUGAAGCAAGAGGCCAUGAAAUUUGUGGAGGAUGCAGAGCAGCUCAUCCUGGCCUCAAAUGGGUCCCAGUUUGCCUUUGGAGAGAGCUUCUUGCUGGCAAAGGGGAUACAGCUGAUGGACAGUGAGCUCCUGCGCUCUGCAGGGCCCUAUGGGCUGGAGACAGGCAUCCCCCAAGAGCUGCUGCUGGGCAGUGACUCUGCUCUCCAGCUGGCUGCUUGGUCAGUCCUGCAGUUCUACUGGCAGAGUCACUUUACAUCAAAACGUUCUGCUGGGGAAGCAGCACAACUGGGAUUUCUCCCUUACAUCCCUCAGUGUGAUGGCCUGGGAAACUGGGAGCCAACUCAGUGCUAUCAGAGCACAGGUCAUUGCUGGUGUGUGGAUGAGAGAGGUCGUUAUGUGAUGGAUUCCUUGGUCUCACGCUCAGCAGAACUUCCCAAAUGCCAGACUUCAUGUCAGCAAUCUCGAGCCAAUGCCCUAAUUUCCAGCUGGAGACAGAGCAGUGCAAAGCUGGACACCUCUACAGCUGAUCUGUUCAUCCCCAACUGCCUUGAGACAGGAGAAUACACUGUGCUGCAGAGAUCUGACACAGAUAUUUGGUGUGUGGAUCCUGUGUCAGGAGAAAUAUUCCAGCGUGGCAGCAGAGGCUUGGAUGGCAAUCCUGAGUGUCCCAGUGUCUGUACCAUGCUGAAGUCCAGAGCAGUCUCACGAGCAGCUGCCGGAGGCUUCGUGCCCCAGUGUGCAGGGGACGAGGGGGGUUUCUCCCCUGUGCAGUGCAGCCAGGAGCAGGAGAGCUGCUGGUGCGUCUUUGGCAAUGGAGAGGAGGUGCCAGGGACACGAGUGAACGGGGGAACACCGGAAUGUGCAAGUCCGCAGUGUGCUCUGCCAUUUGGUGCCUCAGCAGUUGCCGAUGGGGCUGUACUUUGUGAAAACGUCCCUGGGCAAGCUCCAAGCAUCCAGCAGUGCCAGCUCAUGUGUCGCCAGGGCUUCCACAGUGCCACUCCCAACACCUCAUUCCAGUGUGACACGCGGCAGCGGCGCUGGGUCUCCGCUGCCCCUCUGCUCCAGGCCUGCCAGAAGCUCCAAUUAUUUCAGACAGUCCAAGCUCAAACACACUUUCAACUACGCCUGCCUCCUGAGAAGACAUGCAGUUCUGACUACUCUGGAUUACUCCAGGCAUUCCAGAUUUUUAUUUUAGAUGAAUUGAAGGCUCGUGGUUUAUGUCACCUCCCGAUAAAUGCAUUUGGAAAAACUGGCUCAGUUUCCAUGUGUGAUGAUUCCACUGUCUAUGUUGAAUGCCUGAGCGUGGAUCGCCUGGGAGUGAACAUCACCUGGAGGACUCAGCUGGAAAACAUCCCAACAGCUUCUCUCCCUGACCUACAUGAUAUUGAAAAUGCAAUUGUUGGGAAAAAUCUCAUUGGAGCAUUUAUAAAUGAGAUUAAGGAUGGUGUUUUUCUGCUGCAUUUGGAUUCCAAGCAGUUCCUAGCAGAUUCUGUCAUUGAUUUUCCCCGGGAUGAAGAGUUUGAUCUGUCUCCCCGUGUGCAGCUUGGAUGUAGAAGCGGGUUUCGAAGAAUUUCAUCGCCUGGGAAAGCAGGCCCUAAUUCACAAGGAUGUGUUGUUUGUCCUCCGGGCAGUUAUUUCCAGGACGAUGAAUGCAUUCCCUGCCCUCUUGGCUACUAUCAGUAUCAGACAGGACAUUCCUCCUGUAUCAAGUGUCCUGUGGGCAAAACUACCAACUCCUAUGGGGCAAUCAGUUCUGAUCACUGUGUCACAUCCUGCCAGAGCAAUGAGCAGGGCCUGCAGUGUGAUGAAGAUGGCCAGUACAGACCUGCCCAGCAGGACCCUGACACCAGGAAAUCCCUCUGUGUUGACAGCUUUGGAGCAGCUCUGGACUGGACUCAAACAGAGGAUCUCCUUACAGAUGACCAGUGCUUGGUGCUCAGAAAAUUUGAAAGAGUUCCUGCCUCCAGCCUGAUUUAUGGAUCAGAAGAAGCUCAAAUUCUUCAAUCUCAGUCAAUUGGGGGAGACCUGCAAAGUACAUAUUUUCAGUGUAUUUCAGGCUGUGAGAGGGAAGAUGACUGUGGCUUUGCAACUGUAUCUCCUGCUGGUACUGAAGUGCUCUGUGAAUUAUACAGUGCUGCUGAAGCCAACUUCAACUGUACCACCUCUGGAUUGGUGCAAGGUGUCUUGGGGAACCCUGCUGCCACUAGCAUCAGUGGCCUCAGCUGCUUGCUUCGUGUCAGGAGCCCAGAGGGAGAUGCACUGAUGGUCUAUCUGAAGAGAGGACAGGAAUUCAACUCCUCUGGACCCAAGGCCUUUGAGAGGACUGGCUUCCAGAACGUUCUGUCUGGCGUGUACCGCUCCAUGGUGCUCCCAGCAGCCGGCACUUCCCAGACUGAUGCUCAGCUGCUGUGCAGACAGGAGUGCAGCCGGGACUCCUGCUGUGAUGGAUUCAUCCUGAGCCAGCUCCUGCUGGAUGGAGGAACCAUUUUAUGCAGUUUGCUGAGCUCCCCAGACGUGCUGAUCUGCAGUGCCAAAGGCUGGAGUCCAACACCCACCUCAGCCAUGGGUGGGAUGUGCAAUGGUGUGAGCUAUGAUGAGAAGGAGAAGAGGUUUUCCUUCACUCUGGGAGGACAGGUGUUCAGUGGAACUUCUCAGUUGAUGGAAGAGGCAGGAAGAAAUUUCACUACCUUUCAGGAAAUUUACCUUUGGAGAGACUCUGAUAUGGUCACCCGGAUGGAAACCUCUUUGUGUGAGGCUGCUGCUUUGAAAACAAAGGAUGAUCUCAUGUUAUCAGAUUCCACAAAGGAUCUUUUCUACCUAAUGGACAACAGCCAGAUACAGAGUGACCAGAACUAUUCUCUCCCUUUCCAGCAGUAUUGGGUCUUCAGGCAGAAGUACUCAGCUGAGGAAGCUCUGCUUUGGUGUCUCACACGUUGUGCCCAAGAGGAAGAGUUUUGUCGAAUAGCAGAUCUGCAAAAUGCCACAGACAAAUACUUUGUGUGCAUCCUCUAUCCAGAGGCACAGAUUUGUGACAGCAGCAUUGACCAAAUACCAGGAAACUGUGCAACUCUGCUACCCUGGCAACCACAGAUGCUGUACCAUAAAAUAGUCACGCUUAAAAGUUCUGUGAAGAGCUUCUACACACGUGUACCAUUCCAGAAAGUAACUGAAUUCUCAGUGAGGAAUAAGACUGACAUGAGCAGAAAAGCUGUUUCAGAUGGGUUUUUUGAGUGUGAGCGUUGGUGUGAUGCUGAUCCCUGUUGCACAGGAUUUGGCUUUUUUAAUGAUUCCCGGCUGUCAGGUGGAAAGAUCGUGUGCGUGACUCUGAACAGCCUUGGCAUCCAGACGUGUGCUGAGGAAACAACAAGUGCUUGGCACAUUUCAAAUUGCAGUUCACCAGAUGCUGAAGUCAAAAUACACCCAUUUGGCUGGUAUCAAAAGCCUGCUGACUUGAAGAGCACCAUUCCCAACCUAUGUCCACCUGUUAGUUUCCCACUCAGACCAGAAAGUGAGUAUGUGGAUGCAUGGCAACCCUUAAAUGUGUCAUCUGUUCUCAUGGAUUCAUCCAUCUCAAACUUUGAAGUUGUGCAUGUUAGCAGAGAUAUAUCCAAUGACUUCUCCACUGCCAGAGAUUUUUGCCUGUCUGCUUGUUCAAAGAACCAGUCAUGUAUAGUGGUUACACUGGAAAUCCAGCCUUCAGCAAUAAGGUGCAUUUUCUACCCUGAUACCCAGAUAUGCACACAUGGCCUGCAAGGGCACAGCUGCUGGGUUUUACUCAAAGAACCUGCUGCCUAUAUCUAUAGGAGACAAGAUUUACUCCUGCCCAUUGAAGAAUCAGAUUCAACCCCAAGAGCGUACAUCCCGUCCCACGGGUAUCUGAUGGGCAAAUCCCAGGUGAUCCACAUUGGCUCAGAAUGGAGAAACAUCAGCCAGUUCCUGGGGGUCCCUUACGCUGCCCCUCCCCUUGGAGAGAGGCGCUUCAGCCCCCCAGAGCCGAUUGCUUGGGAGGAAACCUGGGAUGCCACGGUGGCUCGGGCAGCGUGUUGGCAGCCAGGAGAUGGAGAGGCCCCGUCACAGUCUGUCAGUGAAGACUGUCUGUAUCUGCACAUCUUUGUUCCUGCCACCACUGUCAAAAACAUGUCAGUGUUGGUGUUCUUCCACAAUGGAGGGAGUUACAGUGCUGAGGAGGGAAAGACAACCCUGGAUGGAUCAUACCUGGCUGCCGUCGGUAACGUCAUCGUCGUGACGGCAAACUACCGGGUCGGUGUCUUUGGCUUCCUGAGCACUGGUUCUGCUGAGGUGAGAGGGAAUGCUGGCCUUUGGGACCAGCUGGCAGCGUUGAGGUGGGUGCAGCAGAACAUCGCCAGCUUCGGGGGCGAUCCCAGCCGGCUUUCUCUGGGAGCCGAGCGCGGCGGGGCGGAUGUCACCAGCAUUCACCUGCUCACAGAGACAGCGGGCACAGACCUUUUCAGGAGGCUGCUGCUGAUGGGAGGUUCAGCUUUUUCUCCAGCAUCCAUAAUUACUACAAGGAGAGCACAGACCCAAGCAGCAGCCCUGGCUGAAGAUGUGGGAUGCCCUUCAUCCACCAGUGAGGAAAUUGUAGCCUGCCUUCGCCAGUUGCCUGCUCGUGUCCUCAAUGAUGCUCAAACUAAGCUUCUAGCUAUAAGUGGCCCAUUCCAAUACUGGGGUCCAGUGAUGGAUGGAAUUUACCUCCGGGAACCUUUGGCUAAAGCCCUGCAGCGCCCUGAGCUUCAGAAAGUAGAUCUGCUCAUUGGAAGUGCUCAGCAAGAUGGUCUCAUCAGCAGAGCCAAGGCAAUUAAGAAAUUUGAAGAAAGUCAAGGAAGAGCCAACAGCAAAACAGCCUUUUAUCAGGCUCUGCAAAAUUCUCUAGGAGGAGAAGAGUCCAAUUCAUUCAUUGAAGAUGCAGCUACGUGGUAUUACUCCCUGGAACACUCAACUGAUGAUUAUUCAUCCUUUUCCAGGGCGUUGGAAAACGCCACCCGUGACCAGUUUAUCACGUGUCCCAUCAUAAACAUGGCGAGUCACUGGGCUGCCUCUCGAGGAAAUGUCUUCAUGUACCACGUACCUGAGAGCUCCUCACAGAGCAGCUCAGGUCAGGAGUUCCUGCUGGAUGUUCAAUAUGCAUUUGGUCUACCCUUUUACCCAAAGUAUGAAGCACAAUUUACUGAGGAAGAAAAGGGCCUUUCCUUGGAAAUAAUGCAGUAUAUCUCCAAUUUCAUAAACUCUGGAAAUCCAAACUACCCCCACAGUUUCUCGAGAAGAAUGUUGGGGAUGAAGCCUGCCUGGCCUAUGUAUCUGUCAAGUGAUGAUGGCGAUAACUACAAGGAAUUCACAGUUUCUUUGCCGACUCUUAAAGGACUGAAAAAAGCAGACUGUUCCUUUUGGUCUGAUUAUAUCAGAAGGCUGAAAGCAUCCACAGGAAGUGCAAGUGGUGAAGAACCUUCUGCAGAAAACAGCUCUGGUGAAACUCCAAGUGAGAGCCAGCCCCUGAGGGAUGAGGUGGCUUACAGCAGAUAGGCAAUCACAGGGCUGUGGCGUGGCUUUGUUACAAUCCACAUAUCUCACACCAGAUGAACAACAAUUCCUUUAGUAAACUUUCUCAAUAAGUAAAGUAGAUCUUUCAAUAAAGUAAUUUUCAAGAAAGUUAUAUUAAUUUGGCACAAAAUAAGCACUACAGUUAUUGUUUUAAGUCAAAAGAGAAUGUAAUUUGAAACAGAAAUGAAAUAUCUAUAAAAACUG